GUCGGAUUGCGUCGAGCAGUCAAUGGUGCACCGAACGGCGCUCGACUUGCCUGAUGGGAAUGUGACAACCCCUGUAGUGCUUGCAGCCUCGCCGUCGUUGUCCAUACUUUCACUUUUGGUCAGUGCCUCCACGUGCUUGCCGACGAUCCUGCCGCUUCUUGACUCGCAACGGGGCUCCAACGCAAGGUCCCGAGGCAAGAGGUGGCGAGAUAUUGUGAUAACGUCGGGACAAGCCCUAAAGAAGGUUCUGAUCGGAGUAUUUCCCUUUUGCAUAGAUGCCGUUGAUCCACUUGCUGGCGGAAUAGUCAGUCGAAAUGCAAGAUGCACGGAACGACUGCGUGUGCUGCGGUAGAGCAUGACCCAUGCCUCGUGGAGAAGAGACGCGGUAGGUGGUUUAUUGGGGUCCUGUGUCUCACGAACUGCAUCCAAGCUUUUGCAGAUCUCUCAGUGACGAUGCCGUGUGGCCGCGGAGUAGAGGGUGAACGCGCCCAUCGUCAUUCGAGAGGCUCUGACUGCGGUGUAGGAGAAAAAGGAGAACGCGAACAAAGUAGUGCUGUAAUUGGCCAGAGCCACAAUGGGCAGCACGAGUCGAGGAGAUGAAGACGCGAUCAGACGGAGGAUUUGGCGAGUCACCUGCCGCAGCGCCUUUCCCAAUUGGGCGCUAAAGCCAAUGAACAGCAGUCAUGGUUUAUCAAAUCUGCCCCAGUCAACGGACUGGCAACGCUGCAUGGAAUGCUCGCAGCGC